AGAGAGUCACAUGACGCUGAGUCUCACAGGGAGGAAGGGGAGAAUGGAGCCGCUGUGUUCAGUGUAGCUGGUCUUGUGUUUUCAUCAUAUGGCAGCUUUGGUAAAGAGUUUAGCACGAGUUUCUUUGCUCUUAUUAUGGGCUGGAGUGUGGCUGACGGAGGGCCAAACUAGCGGGCACUCUGUGGAUAAUGAUGUUUUGUCCCCCUACACCGAUUUUCAUGGACCCCGUCACUCUCAUCGUUACGUGAGGGACUGCCAGCCUGUCCACCACGGCAGCCUCACUCAUGAAACCAAGCAGGCAAGCAAUCACUCUGGAUCACCCGUGGUGGAGUCCAAGACCUUUGUCUCGAACAUCACCAGCAGUUCAAACACCUCUAAAUGGGUGAGUGGCCACAUCACAGUGGUUCAUGACCCUCUGAGGACAGUGUCUGUCCUGGAGCCUGGAGGCCCCGGAGGCUGUGAGAAAUCUGACAGAGAGCUGGUGGAGAACACUGCUAGAACGAGGAAGUGUCUGGUCGCCCAGAACGGUGGCUAUUUUCACACUCACAGUGGACUCUGCUUAGGAAAUAUUGUAAGUGAUGGCAGGCUGGUGCAGAACAGCGGAGGACUGCAGAAUGCCCAGUUUGGCAUUAGAAAGGAUGGGACGCUCGUGUUUGGUUAUCUGUCUGAAGAUGAAGUUCUGGAUGAGAUAAACCCCUUUGUGCAGCUGGUCAGUGGGGUGGUGUGGCUGCUGAGGGCAAGUAAAGUUUACAUCAAUGAGAGCAUACAGGCCGAGUGUGAUGAGACUCAGGAGACGGGAAGAUUCCAGCGCUUUGUAAAUGUGGUAUCUGCACGGACAGCGGUGGGGCAUGAUUCCAAGGGCAGACUCAUCCUCUUCCAUGUUGAUGGCAAGACCGAUCAAAGAGGCAUGGACCUAUGGGAAGUGGCUGAUUUCCUAAAGAAACACGACGUUGUCAAUGCCAUAAAUCUUGACGGAGGCGGCUCUGCGACUUACAUCCUUAAUGGCUCUCUGGCCAAUUUCCCUUCUGAUUCCUGUGCUGAGAAGAUGUGGCAGUGCCCUCGAGCUGUGUCCACCAUACUGUGUGUUCAUGAGCCUCUUUGUCAGCCAGAGGACUGUAGCCAGCAUGGGGACUGUGUGAACGGCCAGUGUGUGUGCCAACCUGGCUGGACCGGGUCUGAAUGUGCCAAUUUAACAUGCCAGCCAACGGUGUGUGGAGACCAUGGGAUGUGUACUCCCGAUGGCUGUGUCUGCGAUGCAGGGUGGAGAGGUGCCAAUUGCAGCCAAGAGUGCUCUGCUGGUUUCUUUGGUGACGGCUGUAAGCACAAAUGCAAAUGCCUAAAUGGAGGAUCUUGUGACUCUGUGCACGGACAGUGUACAUGCCCAGCUGGCUUUUAUGGGGACUACUGUAAAGAAGAAUGUCCCCUGGGUUUUUAUGGGCUGAGCUGCCUACAGCAGUGCCAGUGCAGUGACCUGUGCCCAUGUGACCCUGUGACAGGCAGCUGCAAUAUUACAGUCCAUGGCCAGAGGAACAGCAGCAUGCAUAGAGCUGGUCACUGCCUGGCCACACAAAUGUUAAAGGAAUGGAGAGAGCAAGAAGCGGCCCAAAUGAAGAAGCCUUUUCUGUCCGAGCAGAGCUGGCUGGUGAUCACCAUAGCCUUGGCAGUGCUCUUGCUGACCAGUGUUACUGGAAACCUGAUCCAAGCGUGCCGAAAAUGCAGACAGCGUCUGCAGCAAGAGUAUUCCUAUGUGCCGUUGGAGGAGAUGAACGGGUCUUCAGCAGGCAGAGGCACUGGACAGAGGACCCAGCCUGGAAAAAGCCUCUUUGUACAAGAUGAAUCGGACUCACAAGACUCAUCAUGACCUAAAAGAUCAACAAGUAAGAGCACAAAGCUGGCCCUGAUUGGACAUUUCUGCUCAUGUGAUGUUUGAGGCUUGUGCUGUGAGAGAAUGUUGCAUCAAGUUUUGACCCUUCACAAUAUCUACAAACGCACUGGUCUUUAUUAGUGUUCUAGAAAAACAGGUUUUGGGCCUUUUGUUCCUGUUGGCCACUCAGUGUUUCACAAAGCAGGAUUCCUUGGCCUUUUUCACACCUACUUAUUACAUUGUAUGCAAUUGGUCUGGUUCAUUUUGGUUUACACAGCAGUUUACUGAGAGACUUAAAGAGCUUUAAUACAUUCUGUUUCCUAGCUGCGUGUUGUCAGUUCAGCUAGGUGCCUUUCUAGGUGUAUAAAGUACCAAUUUUUGCCUUGCUGCCAGAAUCUGACUCCCCUUCACAAAGCAGAGUGGGCAUAACAGAUUAUGCUUGGAUUCCUGUUGUUUCUUUAUAAAUAAGGGUUAAUCUACAAUUACAGUAGAUACAGGAAAAUUAGCUACGUAAUCUGUUGUACCAAAGACCUUCUAGGCAAGUCGGUUCACUCAGCGGCCAUUUUGCAACACUCCCAGGUAGUUAUUUCCAGAUAUGCAAGACCAGCGUCCUAUCUGUUUGAAUUGGGAGAUUUUACCAUUUCAGAAGCAUAUUGUGAAUCACUAAUAAAAUCUGAUAAAAAUCCUCAAAAAAUAGUGUUUGGCUCAAUAAUGCAAAAAAAAGCUUGAUUCUUCUAUGGGUGGGGGCUGACUCAAAUUUAUGUAAUUGGUCUAAAAUUGGUCUAAAAACCUAUGGUUAUUUGGUCCAGAUUAUGGAUUGCAGCACCUUUUUUUACACCUGGUAUUUAUGGAAAGCACCAUAAUUAAAAGUAUAUCUGUUCAACAGGAACAAAUAACUGCUGUCACAACUCAAAAGUUCAAUAACUGUCCUUCUACAGGACAUGCUUGACUUGACUUAGAUUAGAAAAUCCUUCGCACUUUAAACUCAUAACUAAUACUAAUGAACUGAUAAACUGUUGCUGAGUUCUGACAGUAAGACUUUAUGCAAAACACAGUGUUGGUGAAACCAUGAAAAUGUCUCACAAAGAAUGGACCAGUUUUUUUUGUGGUGGUGUGGCACAGAGACCACAUGCCCCUGCCAGAUCACCAAGGAUACCAAGAAAUAUUUAGGAAAGUAAACAUAAAGGAACUAUUUUUGCUAUUGUCUUCUGUUUAAUGAACAUAUUCUUUAAACUGUAUUUUUAAUUGAAAUUCUACAGACUUCUGCAUAGAGAAUUGUCUAACUGAAUUGUCUCAGUGGUGAUUAAAGGGACCCCAUUUUGCGCUGUCUGUGCAUCAAAUCUGAUCUUUUUGACUCCGAUUUAAAUCCCUUGUGAUCCUAGAUUGGAACCAUAUCUGACUUGUAUUUUUCCAAAGCCACUGGGCAGUUAGUUCCAGUCAGACAAGAGCAGGCUCCAAUCUAUAUAAAUGGACAAAGCAAAAUACUCAUCACUAAAGAUCUUUAUCUCUAAACAUAUUUCAUGUUGAGCUUUACAAGAAUUCUUGUUAAAGGAGAACUCCGGUGUUAAAUUGACUUUUGGUGUAGUAGAACCUGAUAAAAAGUACUAACCUUUGUUAAAUAGCACACCUCUGCUCUCCCACAGCUUUCUGAGAUCCAGUACUUUUGUGCUUUUUGCCCACCACUCUAUACAUAGGCCACUUAGGUCGCUUUUUACACAGUUAUCCAGGCUCAAAGUAGCUCCACACUUCAUUGGUAGAAUCCGGAGAGCCCUGACAUUUAAAGGAGGCAUUAAUAAGUUUGAAAGUGCAAAAUUCAAUUCAAUUCAAUUUUAUUUAUAUAGCGCUUUUUACAACAGAAGACUCUGCAUAGCCUGCCUCUUGGCAUAGCAGCCGGUGCCCAGUGCAUUUUACUUCUAUUUAUGAACGUGAACCACGAAGACAUCCAAGUUUCUCUAAAACAGGAACCUUCACACCAAAAUACUCUGAAUGAAAUUGUUUACUUCUAACGAUUUAAUCAUGUAGAAAUGUUAAACAAUAAGCAUACAAUUUUUUUAAACUUAUACCUGUAUGAGUCGAAUAACUUCUUCAUAUGUUGUUUUAUCACGUUUUUCACACGUCCUACAAAUUGUCUAGUGGCUGGACACAAUAGAAACCUGCAUAUAACACAAGCAGUAUUUUGUGUAAGUGAGAAUAAAUGUAAAUGGUUUUUCUGUUCUGUUGUAUUGAUGGUACAGCAGGAAAGAGAUUCGGUUGAAAACCUUAAAGCUAACCAAGAAAUCCUGCUUUGUGAAAAGCUCCUGAGUAGAAUACCAUCCAAACCAAUAAAUCACAGACACAAAACAGAGGAAAUAUGUAUCUGAUAAGCAUAUCUGCCUACUGCCUAAUUGAUUGUUCACAUCUUCCUGUGUUUCCCAAAACAUCCAAGAAAAACAAGGCAAAUAUGGAUAUCUAUGUUAUAGUUAAAUCAUAGUAGAAAUCUACAACAUAAAGCUUAUUUAACAUGCCAUCAUUACUUGCAUGACAUUGAGUGUAUUCAAGCACUUCAUAAUCGAAUUAUAAAUGGAUUACUGUAGUUAUCUGAUUAUUUAAGUAGUCAUGUAAACAACAUAUUCCCAAUUUGCUUUUAGUGUUUAGUAAACAGGACUAGAACCUCUAUGGCUCUCAAAUUUCCACUCUUUCUUUUUCUGUCUCUCAUUGACCACAUACUGCUCUUUUUAAUUUCCCGCCUCCACAUGGUGGCUCAAUAACGAGGGAAGCUAUAGUUUAUGGACAUGAACAGACUAUGAUACACCCAGGCAAUUUAAACACAUGUCUGUAUAAAGUGGCAAUAAAGUGGCAUUGCCCAGUUUUUCAGCUCUGCUUUGAAAUAUAUUUCCUUUAGAUCUAAAAAUCUGAUAAAAAAAUCCAAUGAAGAGAGCUGGAUUUGAGUUAUGCAUACUCUUAGUAGUACUCUUAAGUGGAGUAUUCUUAGUGAGCAGCAUUUAACACAGCUAGCUUUCAUUCUAGCUGAUGUACUUUUAUAUAAUGUGUCAAGUCUAUUUUUUACAUUAGGUUUUUGUCACGCGAGUUUAUUGUCUGGUUGCAAAUCAAUCCGUUAUUUGGUUACCCAAGUUCGUGUAAACAUGUUGAUCAAAUUACUGACAAACUUUGAUGUCCUGCUGUAAUCAGAUUUUGAAGUGCUUCUAAAUGUACUCAGUGUUACUUUCUGCUUUGUUGGGUUUGAUGUUAUCUCCUCGAUUGCCUCAGGAACUUCCAUUUUGGACACCAGGUGUGAAUACCAACAGGCUUGUAGUAUCAUGUGGUCACCUGCAGGGUCCUUACUUAUCUUGAUGAUGAUGCUCUUGUUGCCAUGGAACCAGACCAGACAGUUGUGUAAAACCUGAGAUUCAUGAGAAGAUAGCUAUAUGAGAAGCUACACUGCUGUAUUUGUUUUUGCUAUUUUUUUUUUUAAACCAGGUCACAACACUGUUUGGCUUUUAUUGUGCUUUAUCUGUUGUCUUGUUUCCUUGUGCAUACACUGUAAAACCUGGUCAGGCACCAUUUAAUUUCUCACUCCAAGAAGGCAAAACAAGGAAAUUUCUAUUGGACUUUGGACUUGACCUGUACAUCUUUCAUUAGUUGGUGAAUCUGGUUUUGUUUGCCUUGCCUUUUGACUUGUUGGGUAAAAUGUGAAAUGUUAGGAUAGAACAAGAAAUUAAAGGGCUAGGGUUGCCCAAGGGUUUCCUUGGAUUUUAGUGCCUUGUAUUACUUGCCAGCUCAGUGCUCUAAGAUAAAGCAAUUGUUCUAUGGUGUUACUUUGGCUCUGUUGAGCCUGGAAAGUCAUUAGUGCAGCAGUAGUACAGCAACUCAAAAGCUAAGAGAGCUAAUACAUAUGAUGACCCCACCAUCAUAUGAUAGCGGUUGUACAUGUACAAUGGUGUUUUUGUAAUAAUCAUGGUUAACAUAAGUGCCUAUACAUUUUUGCCAAACAUGGGAAUGUCCAAAAUGACUGAGCUACACCAUCAUAUCUAUGAUUUUAGACACCAACAACAAGAAGCUGCAUUUUUCAUUAUUUUAUUUCCGAUUUGAGCUUUCAUAGCAAAAGAUGAGAACUUUUUUCCGGUCUGCACUGAAACUAGCUUAUAGCUCCUAUCAGGAGGUGAGCAGUGGGUCCAUUUAGCUUAAAAGUGGAGAGAAAGAAGCAGACACAGAUGUUUUUUUUUCUCUGCUCUAUUUUUGUGGAGCAAUUUUUCCAUUCGGUUAGACCAAUAUCUGAUGACAUUGCAAUGUACAAAUGUAACGGAAAGGGCCAGUGGAUUUUUCUAAUGAGCUAAAGCCAGCUGUUUUUAGUCUUUGCUGCUAAUAGUUGCUGAAGUUAAUGUCAUAUUUGAUGCUUCUGCCUGUUCGGUUCUUGUAACUUGACAUUUGGACCAUGCAGCCCACUUUUCUUUUGCUUUAGUGGUCAGUGCUUCUCAAACGGUGGGAUAUCUACCACGUAUCUACCAUGUUUUAUGUAAAGCGUCACAAAGAUUGCAGCAUGCACAAAAAUAUUAAUUAUUAAAUUAUUUAACAAUUAUUUAACAUUCAUAACUUUAGAUUUAAUUAUGUUUAGUGCUUAAAACCUGACAGACCCUAUAUGUCCUGUAUAGUCCACACUUCAGUUCUUUACUCUCAUGAUUACAGACCUUAAAUUAAUACUUUUCCAUAGACCCUACAAUUGAACCCUGUGGUACUCCACACUCCAGAAACACAAAGUUUCUGCUUUGGAAUUAUUACCCAAAUACUAAACUUAGGGGUUUAAAGAAGACUCAGACACCACUUGAUGUAGUCCUCUACAUCAUCUUGCACUCCUUUUAUUUCCCUCUGUCUCCUAAUUUAUUUUUUCCUAAAUCAUUUUCUCCCCAAUUUAAACAGACAAUUACCCAACCCACUCAUUAGGACUCCCCCUAUCACCAGUGAUGCCCCAACACCAGAAGGGUGAAGACUAGGACAUGCCUUCUCAGAUACAUGUGAAGACAUCCACCUCCUCUUUUUAAAAUGCUGCUGAUGCCGAGUGUCCUGUAUGCUCGGAGGAAAGCGCACAGACUCGGUUCCGAUACAUCAGCUUACAGACACCUUGUGCUGAGCGACAUCAUCCUUUGGAGUGAUGUGGUGAAAGAGCGCUAUUUACCCACCCAGAGAGAUCAAGGCCAAUUGUGCCCUCGCAGGGCUCUGGUAGCUAAUGGCAAGCAAUAUUAAAAGGAUUCGAAACAGCAAUCUCCUGAUCAUAGUGGCAGCACUUAACCUGCUCGACCACUCGUAGAUGCUAUUUGACAAGAAACAAUAAUCCGCAAUCUGCAGAUUGCAGAAGCAGGCAAAGCCCACACUGUAGCCCGGUACUAGGAAGUUUAAAGGAGAACUCCGGUGUAAAAUUGACUUUUGUUGUAGUAAAACAUGGUAAAAAAUACUUAUCUUUGAAAAUUAGCACACCUCUGUUCUCCCACAGCGUUCCGAGAUCCAUAAAUGUAAACAGUUUGUCCAAACACUCUUCAGACUGGGUGACACAGGGCAUAAUUUGCCCCGAUAAAUCGCUUUUUCCACUGUUAUCCAGCUCAAAGUAGCUCCACACCUCCUACUAGAAUCUGGAGAGCCCUAGCUUCAGCUAUGUGCGCCGCCAUCACUGUACUGAUAGACUUGUGCAUUUUUUGAAGAUAUUAAUGCCUCGUUUUUAAAUGUCAGGGCUCUCUGGAUUCUAGCAAGGAGGUGUAGAGCUACUUUGAGCCUGGAUAACCGUGAAAAAAACAAUUUAUCAGGGCAAAUUGACAAACUGUUAACAAUUUUCUGGAUCUCGGAACGCUGUGAGAGAACGAAAGUGUGCUAUUCAUCAAAAGUACAUACUUUUUAUCAUGGGUUACUACACCAAAAGUCCGUUUUACACCGGAGUUCUCCUUUAAGUGUGACCCUCGAUGGUAUAUGGUCUAAAAAGUUUGUGAACCACUGGCUUUAGUGACUGAUCACAACAUUCAGCCCACUUUUGUAAGACAGGGGGUGUAAAAACCACUACCCUUCUGCUUUUUUAGCAUUUUGUUUGCUUGGCUAUUCCACAGAAACAUACUAGUACUAAGGUAGUUGUGUUAGUUCUUUUUUUUAUUCCAUGCUGUGUUAUUUUCUUCUCUGCUUUAAUGUGAAAGACACUGAUCUUCUGGAUUAAAGUUUGAUUCUAAUCUAACUCACUCACUCCUCCAGGAGGGUUCUCCUUACUCUCCUGAAGAUCCGUGAGGAGGUAUGAACUUAGGGUUGGUCUUAACGUUUCUAUAUGAGAAGUUCUCUGUGAGUGGGGUUGAGUACGCACCCACCUGCUAAUGGAUUGUAUGGAUGUGAACUGUGAGAGUGUUACUUCACUGUUUGUGUUCUGUGGGGUGUGAGAGUGAGUCCAGUCUGCUGUAGCUUCUUAUGUGGUCCUCAGGAGGUCUGAGUUCUGUGUUGUCAGUAUUUUUUUAUUUUUUUAUUUUUGACAUCAUUUAAAAUCACCGUCCAUCAAUGUCAUUGUGUGAACAUUUCAUGAUAAAUAAAUCUGUAGAAAUGGUUAAAAAUUCAUAAAAAUGUCUUUACAUUUGCUCAUUUUUGAGGUGAGGUUCUGGUCUAAACUUUUUUUUUACGUAAACGAUAAUAAUAAGAAUAAGUAGCAGCUUUGUUAGUGUGUACUUUUUCAUAUGUUCCUUACAGGUGGCAGCUCAAACUGCUUUUCAGCAACAGUACUCUUUUAAAAAUAAUAGUAUUUUUAUUAGAAGAAUCCUUGGUUCCAUAAAGAAUAUUUUUGUAAAGAGGCUGUGAGUGUAAAGAAAUGUUAAACAUUUAGAAGGUUCUUCACACAUGCAUAUCUGUUAUUUUAAAGAUGUAAAAAUUAUGUAAAGACUGUUCAUACACUAUAUACAGCUCUGGAAAAAAGAGACUUAAAAAUGAUGAAUUUCUUUGAUUUUACCAAAUAAAAAAAAACUCUGAAAUAAAAGCAAAAGGAACCUGGAUGAUCACAAGCCAUCAAACUUAGAUUAUCUGCUUGAAUCUUUGCACCAGGAGUGGCAUAAAGUUAUCCAAAAGGAGGAGAACAUGCCAAGAUGCAUGAAGAUGCAUGAAGACUGUGAUUAAAAAACAGGGUUAUUCCACCAAAUAUUAAUCAUUUGAGGUCUGAAAGCUCUGCACCUUUUUUGUUAUUUCCGCCAUUUCUCAUUGUCUGCAAAUAAAUGCUCUAAAUGACAAUAUUUUCAAUUGCAAUUUUGCAAAUUGCAAAAUGUCUGUAGUUUAUAGAAUAAAACAACAAUGUUCAUUUUACUCAAACAUAUACCUAUAAAUAGCAAAAUCAGAAAAACUGAUUCAGAAACUGAAGUGCUCUCUUAUUUUUUCACAGAGCUGUAUUUCUUUUAUUUUAAGCAAUAUAAAAAUAACUUAUGUUGGAGCUCAGACUUUGGUUAAGGCUUUGUUUAAUCUACUUGAUAAAAAAUAUCUCAAACUCAUUCAAACCUUUUUAAUUAGGAUUGUUAAAGCUUCUUUGCAAAACAGUUCUUUAUGGGAGCAAAAUUGGUUAAUCUUUGGCAUUGCCUGAAUAACCAUUUUAAGUACCUUUAUUUACAAGAGUCCAAUAACGCAAUAUAGUUCAGAGAAUUGAUCAAAUAGACUGAAGCAAUUAACUUUGAUAAAAGUUGAAAUUGAAAGGUUUUAAUGAAUUUAAAUGUAUUUUAGCAGUGUUUCUUAAAGCAGUCAGCACAUCCAGACAAUAUCCAGUUGUGGAAUUUCUGUAACAGCUAAUUUAUGUAGAAAGCAACACCAAGUUUAGUAAUUUAUUAAAAAAUUAAAAUAUAUAUAUUUUUUUCAGGUAAAACUAAGUAAUGAUUGCCAUUAACAGGUUGUGAGUGUGGGAUGUUUUUUUUUUUUUUUUUUUUUUUUUUUUUUUUUUUUUUUUUUUUAAUAU